AUGGCGGAUCAGGGGCCAACGGUGAAGGAGCCACUGGACCUUGUCAAGCUGUCACUGGAGGAGCGCGUGUACGUCAAGUGCCGAGGAGACAGAGAGCUGAGGGGAAAGCUGCACGCAUACGACCAGCACCUCAACAUGAUACUUGGGGAGGUGGAGGAGAUCAUCACCUCAGUGGAGAUCGAUGAUGAAACCUAUGAAGAAAUAGUGAAGGUGAGAGGCCAACUUGAGGCUCACGUUAGGAAAACUUCAUAUGUACAGUACCAGGCACUGUUCACAAACUCAUGUCUUGGUCCCCAAGGGCAUUUUGUUCCUGUUCUCCACCAUUUGUCACUCCCCACCCAUUCCCCACACCCCAUCGCAUAG